AAUACUCCAGUUGAUCCCCGUCAUAUACCAAUUUUCCCCGCAAGCUCCCUCCCCUGCGAACCGUUUCUGCACCAUCGUGAGUGUCGAUAAGUCUGUCGAACGUCUUCAACAUGAUCGAGUCUUUUGUCAAGGAGACGCAGCCUCUCCCUUGGCCGGAGCCCACGCCGACCUCGUCGGUGGCUCCAAUUCCCACCGUCGUCCCCGGCAGUGAUCCCAUCUUCCAGAUGCUCCAUGACACGGGGAAACGGACCUUAUGGGUGGUUACCGUGCUCAUGGGCCUCUCUUCCCUUGUGUUUUACAUUCUCGGCGCCAGAGUGCCUCUUAGCAAGCGCGUGUUCCACGUCCUCGUCUCCCUCGCCAGCACGGUCUCUUUUAUUGUCUACCUCGCCCUCGCCACAGGAGAAGGCAUGGACUGGAAGCUGGACGUCGUCAAGGAGCACAACAAGCACGUCCCCAACACCACACAAGACUACUACCGCCAGAUCCUCUGGCUUCGCUAUAUUCUCUGGUUCCUGACCGAGCCCUUGGGCCUCAUCAGCCUGUCCUUGCUCUCCGGUCUCCCGGGUGCACACCUGCUCAUUGCCAUCGCGGCAGACUAUGUGAUGCUUGGCUCGGGCGUUCUGGGCACCUAUGCCGGCCAUACCUCGCGGAGAUGGGUGUGGUUCACCAUUAGCGCAAUCGGAUAUCUGACGACCGUGUAUCACAUCAGUGUCCAUGGCAGUCGCGCGGCGAGCAACAAGGAUGUCCAGACCAAGCGGUUCUUUGGAACUCUCUCGGGCGUAAUGUUGUUUGUCAAGAUUCUGUACCCUGUGGCGCUUGCUGCCGGAGCUCUAGCGCUGAAGAUCAACGUUGAUGUUGAGACCAUCCUCUUUGCCAUUUACGAUAUCUUCUCCCAGGGUAUCCUCGGAUACUGGCUGAUUUUUGCGCAUGAUGGCGCUCCUGGAAUCACCCUCAAUGUCGACGGCUUCUGGUCCCACGGACUGGGCAACGAAGGCGCCAUUCGCAUUAGCGAAGAGGACGGAGCGUAAGCUAUAUGCCAUGUCCUGACCAUCAAAUACUCUGAGACGUACACGGAGAACCAUCAGUCCGACUUUGUCUGGUCCGGUCUGAUCUGGUCUCGACAUGACCCACCAAUCCACCCCACAGUCUCUACCGAAUCCACACCUUCCUUUCCCAACUUUC